AUGGACGCCUCUGCCUCCACCUCCGCCCCUCCCCUGAUCAAGUCUCCGCCCUCGAUGAGCGCCCCGGAAGCCCCUCCAGCCACCGAUUCGCCACCCGUUGUCGAUGCGAAGAGCGAAGAGGACUCAGCCGUCCAGAGCUGCAACGGCGACGGCAGUGAGAGACGGGGUAGCAACGGAGACCGCAACAGCAAUGGCGACAGCAGCAGCAGCAGCAGCGGCAAAAGCAGCAAAAGCAGCGGUAGCCGAUAUUCUGGUGGAGAGAAGGGCGAAGGGGUAAAAGAAGGGGGAGCAGACAAGGCGUUGCCUGCAUCAUCGACCUUGGAGCGGCAGAAGUCGUCGCCCCCGCAAGAGCCGUUCGAUGCGGGUAGACUACACAUCCCGCCGAAGGCACGAUCGUCGUCCGGUUCGGAGCAGGGUGGCGGUUGUAGUCGACGGAAGAGCGAAGGCGGCGCCAGCGGCAACGAGGUCUUGGGACGAGAUUGGUAUGCGACGUUGGCGGCAGUGAGAGAGGUGAAGGAGAAGGAAAGGGAAAAGGAAAGGGAGAAGGAGAGGAGGGGCAGUGUGGACACCAGCAGGAGCAGGGCUGAUAUCGACGUCAAGCAUGCGGAGACGCGGCUGAGGUGCUACUGUGAGGACUGUGAGGCCUGUCGAACGAUGAAGGGGCUGCUGGCGAGGAAUGGGUUGUGCAUAACCAAUGCUGUGGCUGGACGAAGGGGGACUGUUUGA